AUGUCCUCCACCCAGGAUAACAUUGCUGCCAACGGCAACGACCUCGUCGGUUCGCUCGACCAGCUGAAGCUCGAUGACGGCGAGACCCGUCUUGGCCCUGACGGCGAGCCCGCGCCCCGCACCGACGAGGAGUACGCCGGUUCUCAGCUCACCCUGAGAGCUAUCGUGUCUUCCAAGGAGGCCGGUGUCAUCAUUGGAAAGGCUGGCAAGAAUGUCGCCGAACUUCGCGACGAGACUGGCGUCAAGGCUGGUGUGAGCAAAGUCGUUCAGGGCGUUCACGACCGCGUUCUCACCAUCACCGGUGGUUGCCAGGCCAUUUCUGAGGCCUAUGCGAUUGUCGCGCGCGCUCUCCUCGAGGGCGCUCCCGCCAUGGGCAUGGGAGGUGUCGUCUCCAACACUGGCACUCAUCCCAUCAAGCUCCUGAUUUCCCACAACCAGAUGGGUACCAUCAUCGGCCGCCAAGGCCUCAAGAUUAAGCACAUCCAGGAUGUGUCGGGCGUCCGCAUGGUCGCGCAGAAGGAGAUGCUGCCUCAGUCGACUGAGCGCAUUGUCGAGGUCCAAGGCACUCCCGAGGGUAUCAAGGGUGCAAUUUGGGAGAUUUGCAAGUGCCUCGUCGAUGACUGGCAGAGAGGCACCGGUACCGUCCUCUAUAACCCGGUCGUUCGCACCCAGCCUGGCACAACCUCCACCAUUGGUGGCACUGGAUCGACCAACUACUCUUCCGGUGGCGGUCGCGCCUCAGAGUACUCUUCUCCCCGCGUCAUGCGCACUGGAAACGGUGCCGACUUCAGCACCACUACCAACAACGGCGGCAGUGGUGGCAGUGGCGGUCGUCCUUACGGCCGUCGUUCCGACUCCGAUGCUGCUUCCCGAGGCCCUCCCACCCACGACGAGAAUGGCGAGGAGCUUCAGACCCAGAACAUCAGCAUUCCUGCUGACAUGGUCGGUUGCAUCAUUGGCCGUGCUGGAAGCAAGAUCUCCGAGAUCCGCAAGACCUCGGGUGCCCGCAUUUCUAUCGCAAAGGCUCCCCACGAUGAGAGUGGCGAACGCAUGUUCACCAUCAUGGGUACCUCCAAGGCUAACGAGUCCGCGCUUUUCCUGCUCUACGAGAACCUUGAGGCUGAGAAGAUGCGCCGCCAGACGGCCAACUCCCCCGAGUAG